AGCCCGAAUCCACCCCUCCCAGCUACCUACAUAGACGCCCUCGCACCGCCGUCUCCCCAACUCCUCCAGCCUCGAAUCUCCUUGCCUGCACCCUCUCUCGUCUGCCCGUCAUGCAAAACAACAUUCUCGCCGUCCCCUUUCGCAAGGGGGCUCAUCUCUCGCUAUCGGCGGCUAUCAAGCAGUACAUAUCGACGAAAUACGAUCAGCACCCCGACAUGUUUCGCCAGGAUCUCGAAGUCAUCGACGCGUUGAGGCGCGGUGCCGUCAACAUGCGCGAGCCGCACCCCAGUGGCAUCGGGAGACUACAAGCGUACGCCGGCCAGCUGGUCUGGAUCGGAGGCAAAUUCCCUAUAGAUAUCGGCGCAGACUUCACCUGGUAUCCUGCAUUAGGCUACAACACCGAGCGACCCGUUGUACAUAACAAUCUCAAAUUCGAGCUUGCCAACGUCCUCUACAACCUCGCCGCCCUCUAUUCCCAGCUCGCCAUCGCUAGCAAUCGCACCAGCACCGAAGGCCUUAAAACCGCCGCGAGCUACUUCUGCCAGUCGGCUGGCAUCUUGUCGCACGUCAAAGACGAGGUCGUACCCGAGCUACGUAUCACGCCUCCCGAGGAUAUGGACGAGCACUCGCUGAGCGCGCUGGUGUAUCUGCAGCUAGCUCAGGCGCAAGAAUGCUUCUGGCAGAAGGCUGUUAUGGACGGCUACAAGGACGCAUUGAUCGCGAAACUGGCUGCUCGUGUGUCCGACCUGUACAACGAAGCCGGCGAGGCAGCUAUGCGGUCGGAGGCGAUCAGCAGCAGCUGGAUCCACCACAUGAGCGCAAAGCACCACCACUUCGCCGCUGCUGCCCAAUACCGCGCUGCCUGCGACUGCCUGGAGAAGCGAAAGUACGGAGAGGAGGUGGCGCGGUUGCGUGAUGCCGUCGCUUGCGUGUCCGAGGGACUCAAGGAGAGCCGGGGCGGCUAUUUGAACAAAACGGUCGUUGAAGACUUGAACAAUCUUAAGAAGAGGCUAGAAGAAGAUCUUAAGCGCGCUGAAAGAGACAAUGAUGUGAUAUACUUGAACCCCGUACCGCCAAAGUCCGAGCUGAAGGCGCUAGAUCGAGCGACCAUGGCAACCGUGCGAAUUCCACCUCAGGUAGCAACGCCGCUGGAGUAUCUUGGAGAGAAGCGAGAAUUCGGCCCCGCGCUGUUCACCAAGCUAGUCCCGUAUUCCGUUCACGUCGCCGUCUCUAUCUACGAGGAACGCAGAGAUCGCCUGGUCGAUCAGCAUAUAAUAAGCGAGCUCGAGACACUAAAUGAACGGAUACACGAGGUCUUUUCGUCGCUCAACCUGCCGGGCUCGCUCCAGGCUUUCGAGAAGCCGCUCGGCUUGCCUGGGACUCUCGUCGAACACGCCAAAGAACUUCAACAGGCCAAUGCUUUGACCCGCUUGGAAAGGAGUUUUGCGGACAUAGACAAGCUGCGUGCUGCUGACUUAGCCAUGUUCGAAGAGGGCAGGGACCUACUACAGGCAGAAGAGGAGGAGGACAUCCAACUGCGUAGAAAGUAUGGCACAGACCGGUGGUCGCGGCCUGAAAGUCGUUCCGAGCCGACCCAAGGCUUGAAGCUCUGGAACCAAGUUACAGAUGCGGCAGGCUGGUUUCAAACUAGUGCAAGCAGCGAUGGAGUCGUCCGCGACAAAUUCUACAGCAUCAAACCGAUGUUGUCAGUGCUCGCCGGAUCAAGUCGCGAGCUGCUCGACUUCGUGCCCUCGUCACGACGUACCGAAAUCCCCGAAUUACUCAAGCCCGCGAUCAACCGCUUGCGCAGCAUUUAUAACAACAUAGCGCGUCUCGAGGGCCGCCGCCAGCGAAAAGCCGAGGCUCUUCGCGAGAAGGCCCGUGGUGACGAUAUCAAAUCCGACAUCCUAGCCGAGGCAGCACGCCUGGAGCACGGGCACGCAGUGGCCACGAGCAUCACGCCGGCCCACUUCGAUGAGUUCUUCGAGAAGCGCUUAGAUUCUCUGUACGAGCCGGACAUGGAGCUCGUGCAGACGGAGGCCGCCGAGCAGGAGAAGCUCAUUUCGGAGUUGAUACGUGUGAACCGGGACUUCGAGAGCCAGAAGAAGACGGCAGGCGACAAGGACAGCCGGGAGCGCGAGCAGGCGCUGCAGAAGCUCGAGAACGCGUACUACAAGUACAAGGAGUUGGUCAGUAAUGCGGAGGCCGGCCGCAAGUUCUACAACGACCUGAACCGCAUAAUGGGCGGCUUCCGGGACGGGGCGCGCGGGUUCGUAGCUGAAAGACGGCGUGAGGCGCGCGCGCUCGAGGACGAACUAAGUAUGCCCCCUCUCGGAAACCUAAGCCUCGGUGGGCAGUCGGGCCUCGUGCCGUCAGCGCAGGCGCCCAGCCCGCCGAACGGCUGGGGCGGCGCCGGCGGAGGUGGCGGGACGGGUUACCAGGGCCAAUCGCUGCCGCCAACGCCCGCUCAGGCUAGGUCUCAGCAGAUCCAGCCCCCGCUCGAGGCGCAAAUCCAGUCCUGGGCGUCGGCUGGCGAGACCGUCGCUCCGCAGCCACAGCCGCCAAGGGCAAACCCGAUGCAGGCGGUGUGGAAUCAGGACAUGGGCAUCAAAUUCGCCGCCGCCCCUGCGUCUACUAGCGCAGCCGCCGCAGGCUCGAGCAGGUCACCUGCUACCUCGGCCAGCGGCGGGACCGCAGCGAGCAGCACCGGCAGCACCAGCGCCGCGAUCCGGUUCAGCUAGGAGGCGAACACUUCACGCCGGCGGCAGCCGGGGCCGAGCCAAGCAGAGCUACACGAACAGGGAGGGGGGGAUGUGGGUUGACGUCGCGGGCGGGAGAGAGAGAUACCUACGGCGGUCGUC